UGCUGUAUUUUGUUUUAGUUCUAUUCAGUGCAAGUCAGAUGCCAACAAAUGGACGAUUCAAAUGGGAAUUUCAAUGAUCCGUGUGCGAUUUGGCGCCAACAGACAAUACUUGCAAGUGAAUUUGUCGAUAUCGCUCCUGAUCUUAUGGAACGUAUCGUGCUCCAUACUGACCAGACAAGGGAUUAUUUGAACUAUUUUUCCCAGUGUAUAAAGAAAACAAAUUGUACUGCAAUACGAUUUCCAGAUAUAGAUGCAUCGAGGAGAGCAUAUGAAAAUGGGACUGAAAGUAUGUUUGAAUCCCCCACAAGAUCUACUGAAUUCCGAAAUUGUAUCACAAAGCAUAAUAUAAACGCACCUCGAAAUACUAUGAAAAACUUUUUAAAUGGUCAAGUUGCCUCAAUAGAUCCUAAAGAGUUUCACACAGCCCGCGAAAUUUUGGUAAUCAAUAACGCAAAGAGCAAUUCCUUUAAGGACGAAUCAGUAGGUCAAAAUAAAACGGAUUCCGUUGCUAGCACUGCUAGGGAUUUCUCUUUUGCCGCCACAAAGAAAAAGCUUGGUUCGCUAAGACGUAUAUCAAAUAACACCAAACUGAAUUUUGUAUCAUCUCUUCCCGGAAUAUCCACAACAGAAAAGGUUAUUAGCACAGAUGAUAACACAGAUUUAGGAGCUAAGUUAUCACACCCAGCAUUGAAAAACAUCGAUCCAAAAAUGAUCGAAGUGAUAAAUAAUGAAGUCAUGCGACAAUUCAAACCUGUUUAUUGGAUUGAGAUAGCUGGACUUGAAUACGCAAAAUCAAUUAUUAAGGAAGCUGUUGUCUAUCCCCUUUUGCGCCCAGACAUUUUUACAGGCCUACGAAGGCCACCGAGAGGUAUACUCCUUUUUGGGCCACCUGGAACUGGAAAGACUUUAAUUGGCAAAUGUAUUGCAUCACAGUCGAAGUCUACAUUUUUUAGUAUAAGCUCAGCAUCUCUUACUUCAAAAUGGAUGGGCGAGGGGGAAAAAAUGGUGCGUGCCCUUUUUGCCGUUGCUGUAGCUCGACAACCUUCGGUAAUCUUUGUGGAUGAGAUUGAUUCGUUGCUUUCUAAGCGCUCUGAAAAUGAGAAUGAGGGGACACGACGGCUCAAGACAGAGUUUCUUGUACGAUUAGAUGGUGCAGCCACAUCCGACGAUGAUAGAGUAUUAAUAGUUGGUGCCACUAAUAGGCCGCAAGAGUUAGAUGACGCAGUCCGAAGGCGAUUCAUAAAAAGACUAUAUGUACCAUUGCCCGAAUUGGAUGCGCGUAUUGAAAUACUAAGAAAUUUAUUGGAAACAGUCGACAAUAAUUUAAAAGCGCAAGAUAUGGAGGAAAUUGCUCGGUUAGCUGAUGGAUAUUCUGGUGCUGACAUGGAUAGCUUGUGUCGUGAAGCUUCGAUGGAACCUUUGAGAUCGGAGGAAAAUAGUUCUAUAUUAACAGUUGCCAUGGAAAACAUUCGAGCUGUAAAUAAAAGAGAUUUCCAUGUGGCUCUCAAAAAAAUCCGCCCAAGUGUAUCCCAAAGUGAUCUUGAUCAGUACGUAGAGUGGAAUAAAACAUACGGAUCGAGUUACUAGACAGAUCAUGCGAACAGCUCUAUCAAUUGGUACAUUUCAUGUAUUGUGAGCAACUGUGAAAAUUUGU